UAAGGAUGUCAAUGGCUGCGGAUACCGAGAGCGGCUCCCUUCCCCAUAUUUAUUCUGUUGUGUUUUAUUGUGUGUAAUAUUGUAUAUUUUUGUGUCAGAGAUGUCGGAGUCGCCAGAUACGCGCAGUUUGGUGUCUGCGUCCUCUCAGCUGAAUCUGAUGGACAUCGAAGCGAUCGAUGACAAGGAAUUCGACAUUCCUCAAGUGGACACGCCUCCCACCCUGGACAGCAUCCUGAACGAGCCAGAGGAUGAGGAUGAGCCCUUCAUCCUGGAGGACACGUGUCUGCUGAACGCGGAGAACAUGGACGCCCAUCCUGCGACACGUCCCUCUCUGGCCAGCUCCGACAGCGGGGACCGCACGCACAUGAAAAGGCGGAGGAAGGCGGUGGAGACGAAUGCGCUGGUCCAUGGCUCAGUGCUGAAGCACAACGUCCUGAAAGGCAUCUCUGCUCAGAUGGUCUCUGCUGCGGACAAAGUUGAUGCUGGGCUGCCCACUGCAAUCACAGUGUCCAGCGUUAUUGCAGUGGGGACGUCGCAUGGACUGGCCCUGGUGUUUGGAAAAGAUCCGAACCAGGCGCUGCGGCUGUGUCUCGGCAGCACGGCGGUGGGGGCGCAGUACGGCGCUGUCUCCGCGCUCAGCAUCAACCACGACUGCACCCGGCUGCUGUGCGGCUUCGCCAAGGGCCAGAUCACCAUGUGGGAUCUGGCCAAUGGGAAGCUGCUGAGGACCAUCACCGAGGCCCACCCCCCUGGCACUGCUAUCCUGCACGUGAAGUUCACAGACGACCCGACUCUGGCUGUCUGCAAUGACAGCGGGGGGUCAGUGUUUGAGCUGUCUUUCAGGAGGGUGAUGGGAGUGAGGUCCUGUGAGUCUCGUUGUCUGUUCAGCGGUUCUAAAGGGGAGGUGUGCUGUGUGGAGCCGCUGCACUCCAGCUCAGAGCUGAGGGACCAUCCCAUCACACAGUACUCUCUGCUGGCCAUGGCGUCCCUCACAAAGAUUUUAGUGAUUGGAUUGAAACCGUCCCUCAAAGUGUGGAUGACGUUUCCUUAUGGAAAGACGGAUCCAGCCAGCGUUCCCCAGCUGGCCUGGCAGUUUGUGCUGGUGCAGAAGAUGGUGAAUCCGAUGCUGGCGUUCUGCAGAGGGGACACCGUCCACUUCCUGCUGGUGAAGAAGGAGGAGUCAGGAACCAUCCACGUCAUCAAACAGCGCCAGCUGCAGCUGAGCUGUGACCUCAUCAGCCUGACCUGGAUCAACUCGCGGACCCUGGUUCUGAUGGACAGCCUGGAGAAGCUGCACGUUGUGGACAGGCCCAGCCACGAGACGCUGGAGACGCUGGACAUGGCGGAGGUGCAGCUAGUCUACAACAGCAGUCACUUCAAGUCUCUGGCCACUGGGGGCAACGUCAGCCAGGCCCUGGCGCUGGUGGGGGAGAAGGCCUGCUAUCAGUCUGUCUGCAGCUACGGGGGCCAGAUCGUCUACCUGGGAACAAAGUCGGUCCAUGUGAUGACGCUGAGAAACUGGCGAGAGAGGGUGGAUUACCUGCUGAAGCAGGAGAAGUUUGUGGAGGCUCUGUCUCUGGCCUGGUCCUUCCAUGAAGGCACUGCCAAGGCUGUGGUCGGGUUAUAUGGAGACCCUGCAAAGAGGAAGGGAGUGGUAGCUGACAAGAUGGUGGAGAUUCUGUUCCAGUACGUAGACCGUUCUUUGAAGAAGUGUCCUGAACAGGGGAAGAUCCAGGUGAUGGAACAGCACUUUCAGGACAUGGUUCCUGUCAUGGUGGAUUACUGUCUGCUGCUGCAGAGGACGGACUUGCUAUUCAGUCAGAUCUACAGUCGCCUGACGGAGAAUUCGGUGGCGCGUGGCGUCUUCCUUCAGAGCCUGGAGCCGUACAUCCUGAGCGAGCGUCUGGGCUGCCUGACCGCGCCCGUCAUGCGCGACCUGCUGGGACACUUCCAGGACAACGGAAUGAUGGAGAGUGUGGAGAACUGCCUCGUGCACAUGGACAUCACCAGCCUGGACAUCCAGCAGGUGGUACAGAUGUGUUGGGAGAACCAGCUGUAUGACGCCAUGAUCUAUGUCUUCAACAGCGGCAUGAAUGACUACAUCAGCCCCAUGGAGAAAUUGUUCCAGGUGAUUGGGCCACCGUUGCGGGAGGGGAAGUCUCUGACAGACGAGCAGGUCGUCAUGGGCAACAAGCUGCUGGUGUACAUAAGCUGUUCUUUGGCUGGAAGAGCCUACCCCCUGGGGGAUAUCCCAGAAGACCUUGUUCCUUUAGUCAAAAACCAGGUGUUUGAGUUCCUGAUCCGCCUGCACUCCAUGGAGGCAUCACAGGAAGAGGAGGUGUACCCCCACAUCCGCACACUGCUGCACUUUGACACCCGAGAGUUCCUCAACGUCCUGGCACUGACGUUUGAGGACUUUAAGAAUGAUAAGCAGGCCCUGGAGUAUCAGCAGCGCAUCGUGGACAUUCUGCUGACGGUGAUGGUGGAGAACUCGGACUUCACCCCCUCGCAGGUGGGCUGUCUCUUCACCUUCCUGGCGCGGCAGCUGGCCAAGCCUGACAACACUCUGUUUGUCAACAGGAAGCUGUUUGACCAGGUGCUCGAGUUUCUCUGCAGUCCUGAUGAUGACUCCAGACACACAGAGAGACAGCAGGUGCUGCUGGAGCUGCUGCAGGUGGGGGGGGUGGUGCAGUUCGAUGAGAGCCGCCUCCUGUAUCUCGCUGAGAAGGCCGAGUUUUACCAGAUCUGUGAGUUCAUGUACGAGAAGAAGCACCUGUAUGACAAAAUCAUAUACUGCUACCUGAAGGACCCUCUCAGAAAGGAGGAGAUAUUUAAUUACGUGCACAACAUCCUGUCCAUCCCGGGAUACAGCCAUGAAGAGAAGCAGUCUGUGUGGGACCGGGCACUGCAGCACAUGACGGAGCUGGUGGCCAUCAGUCCCUCCAAAGCGGCCGACCUGGUGUCCCUGCACUUUUCAGAGGAGGUGCGGUCCAUCAUCGACAGGCUGGAGGAUGACUAUAUGGUGUUCCAGUUUCUGAAAUGUCUUCUGGACCCUAGGGAAGGCCCGAAUCCCCAGGCUGUCCUGAGACUCAGCCCUGAGCUGCAUGAGCUCCACCUGGGGCUGCUGUGUCGCUUUAGCCCCCUACAGGUCACUGCUUUCCUGAAGGCCUCGCAGGACUACAGGCUGGAGGAGGCCAUCCAGAUCACGGAGCAGCAGGGGCUGCAGGAGGCCACGGCGUACCUGCUGGAGAGGAAGGGGGACGUGCAGGGGGCCUUCCAGGUGCUGCUGCAGACACUGAAGGAUAAACUCACCUCCCUCACCCAGCAGAGCCAAGAGGAAGGGGAGGAGCUUCGGCUGCAGGGGGUGGAGUCAGCAUUGGGUGACAUCAUCGCUCUGUGUCACAGGAGCUCACACAGCCUCAACCAGCAGCAGAGAGAGGCUCUGUGGUUCCCGCUGCUGGAGGCCAUGAUGUCGCCACAGAAGAUUCUGAAGGGUCCAAACUGGCGCUCCACCUCAGAGGCGCUGAAGGAGUUAACCAUGCAGGUCCUCAACAGCAUGACGAGCUUCAUCGCGCUGCCUGCCGUCAUUCAGAGAAUCCUGCAGGACCCUGUGUAUGGCAAAGGCAAGCUGGCUGAGAUCCAGGGUCUGAUUCUCGGUAUGCUGGAGACCUUUAACUACGAGCAGACGCUGCUGGAGACGACCACCAGCCUGCUGAACCACGACCUGCACUGGUCUCUGUCGCACCUGCGGGCUGCGGUCAGCAGGGGGCUCCACCCGCGGCAGGACCACUGCAGCAUCUGCCUGCAGCAGUACCGGCGGCAGCACGAGGCCCAGGACGAGAUCAUCAUCUUCAGCUGUGGCCACCUGUACCACUGCCAGUGCUUGCAGAGUAAGGAGUGCGGUUUGGUGGGGGAACGGUUACAGACCUGGAGCUGCUACAAGUGCACCUCCAGCCAGGGAGGACGCAGCGGAGAGCGCCUCGCCACGGAGACCGGGCGGGGCCGCAGCACAUCCCUGGCACAGACUAAAGUGACUUCGCGGCACCGGGGCUCCUAUGGAGAUCUUAGUGGGAGAAAGCUGUUCUCUGACGCUACGCUGGACGCUCAGCAGAGUCAGUCCUGGGAGCAGCUGCGCUGCAUCUACAGAGGACCGUCCAGGCUGGCCAUCCUGACCGAGCUGUCCCACUCAGGUGGGAAGGAGAAGCCAAGCCUGCUCAACCCCAGCCAGCCUGGAUCUGCCAGCAUCUUCCACAGAGAGAACUUCCAGCUCAAGCUCUCUCCUCCACCACUAAUGGAGGAGUAGAUGACCCGCCCUGCAUUCUUACAUUGCUAAUAAAACACUAUGACCUUUAUCUGUGGUGCACACUUGGUGUUCUCUGAAAAGAUUACGUUUUGAUUUGGGAAAAAGAAAUCAGUUUGGAUGAAGGUAUAAGGGAAAGAAUUUCCUUUUUCUCAUACUCAUUUUCGUUUUCCCAUCUUGUUUAGUUACAGCAGAUUGUCAGAUAUUAAUAUGCCAUUUCAGUUUGUAAACUUGCUUCACAAAA